AUGCCUUUAAUAACCGAGGAUAUAAAGAAAGCCAAGGGCAGUUACCAGGAAUAUUACUUUAGACCAAAACCACUGUCAACUCAGUCACUAUUAUCAUCAUCAUAUGAUAUAUUCAAGUCACGUUAUACAAGGCUAAAGCUAUCCAUUCUAGAAAGAAACAUGUCUGAUUCAGAGAGUCUACUGUUGGGCUUGGUAAUAUAUUCUGCGGUCAAGCCUAUUUUCAAAAUCUAUUUCAUCAUUGCAAUAGGGUUUAUCCUUGCCAAACGAAAUAUCUUGACAGUGACUACAUGCAGAGACAUAUCAGAUACCAUAGUCACGGCAAUUAUGCCGUGCUUGAUCUUCAAUAAUAUGGUAAGUUACUUGAAAUCAUCUGACAUUAAAAACGUAGGUAUAAUCAUAUUCACCUCAUGCCUAUUAUUUACAUUUGGUGGAUUUCUGGCAUACGGAAUACAUUUAAUUACAAAAUCCCCGAAAAGAUGGCUAGGGGGACUAAUAUCAGUGGGCAUUUUUCCAAACAUCAGUGAUUUACCCAUUGCAUAUUUACAAACAUUUGCCAAAGGAGGAACAAUAUUCACUUCUGCCGAGGGAAAUAAGGGUGUGGCAUAUGUUUGUAUCUUCCUUAUGGGUAUGACCUUACUUCAAUUUUCCUUUGGAUUGUUUAGGCUAAUACAGUGGGAUUUCAGGGAUGAACUAAAAGGGCAAGACUUGGAAAGAAGCGCUAGUGGUGAAACAAAUGAAUCCAAUAAACUGUUUCACGAAAGAGAUGACCUGGAAGAGAAAUCAACACGAAGAGCAAGCAAUGAUGAAAGAGAGACCAUCAGAGCGGCUGCACACACACGUGAUAGUACUGCAGAUGAAGAAGCGCUUGAUUCGUCGUCGGAUUCAAUUUCAAGUGAGCUGAGUGAAGAGGAACGCAGGAGGAUGAGAAGAAGAAGAAGCAUAAUGGACGAGGACCGUCAACAUAAUGAAUUUUUACGAGCACAAUCUAAAAGGCAGGAAGGGCUGUCAGUAUCAGGGUCGGCAACUUUGAGUCGAAGAACGUCGAGGAGAAGACGAGGGUCAGACAGCUCCGCAACAAGCGGCCCUUUGGAUUUGGUACCACCCAGAACAAAUGACUUGAGGCGGCAACAGUCGCAGAAUGUUGAAGAUGUGAUCCAUGAGUACUCGGAAUUUGAAUCGUUGAAAUACCACGAGUUGCAGAAAUCACACUCGAAACAAGAAGAGGAAGCCGAGCCGGAACCCGAUACCCCUGAAGCAGAGGAGUCCAAAUUUAAGUCAUUUGUUAAGAAAAUGCUACAAAACUUGCGGGCACCUACUUCGGUAUCUCUACUUACUUCCAUUGCCAUUUGCAUGGCACCACCAUUGAAAGCAUUGUUUGUAACAAGCACAUUCAGCAAGCAUAUUCCGAAUGCGCCUGACAAGCAACCGCCCUUAUCGUUCAUUAUCGACUUGGUAAGCUAUGUCGGAAAUGCCUCGGUUCCACUAGGAUUACUUUUACUAGGUGCCACCUUAGCCCGUUUGCAAGUGAAAAGAAUGCCACCUGGGUUCUGGAAAACGGCAGUGUUGAUAACUUUCACUCGGUUAGUGAUUCUUCCUAUUUUUGGAGUUGGAGUGACCACUGGGUUCAACAAUGGUGGUUGGUACGGCGACGAUAAGUUGGUUCGAUUUGUUAGUGUAUUGGAGUUUGGAUUGCCCAAUGCCACGUCAUUGGUGUACUUUACGGCAUUCUACACUGACCCAACCAGUGAUGAACAUUUACAAAUGGACUGUUUGGCUAUUUGUUUGAUUACUCAGUAUUUGAUAUUGUGGUUCACAUUGCCAUUUUUAAUUACAUUUACGCUAAAAGUGUCAAUGGUUAGAAGAACUGUUUUAGCAACAGUUUCAGCGCCGUUUAGAAGCGAGCAAUUCCAAAUUGCUUUAAAGUGUGUGUUGGGAUUUGUGUUUGUCUUGUUUGUUGAUUCGGUUAACCGUGUUUAUGCAGUCACUUCUGAAUUGACUUCAGCAACUCAAGCUCAUCCAGGCACAUCAAUAAUGAAUGACAGGUCUGAAAUUCAAGCUAGGAGAUUUUAUGCUCAAAGAAAUAUGUAUCUUUGUGGGUUCACUUUGUUUUUGACCUUGAUUUUGACUAGAACUUACAAUUUGGUUGUGGAAUUGAUUGCCACAAAGGAUAAAGUUGAUGCAUUGAAGGAAAACAAUGCUGAAGCUGGAUCCGCCACUGCUGAAGAUAGCGAGGAGUUGGCCAAGUUGAAGGCCCAAUUGGCUGAAAAAGAGAGAACUUUGGAAACUUUAAAGAGCCAAGCUAGCACUUUAGGUAAGGAUUACGAAGGUGAAUCGGAAUUGAAAGAGAGAAGAUAA